AUGGCUUCAUGCUUUGGCUUGAUUAUAAGUGGACGACUAGUUCAAACAGACUUUCAACAAAUUGAUAGCACGAAAUUCUUAAUUAACAUUUCGGAUGCUGACAACAUUAAUUACAUAGUCACUUUUCUCACUGGAAGUAUUCCAUUGCCAGCUGGAUCAGCAGCAGCAGUUUAUUGGAGUUGGCCAGAUCCAAUAAAUCCUUCAAAAUGGCAAUAUUUAGGCUACAUAAGCAAUGCAAAACCAUCAGCUAUUUUUAAGAUUUCACAGUUAAAAAAGUUACAUGAACUUGAGACACAAGAGACAGUGAUGCAGUUUGGAGAAGGUGCUAUAUCCCAUGAUGCUCAAAUAGGCAUAUCUAUUGAGCCAGAGAUGUCUAUAGCACAACAGUCAACAAUGGCUGCAACAAAUGAAGUUACAACGUAUUUCGAGUUUGGCAAGCGCAUGUUAGAGAAUCUCUUCAAUUAUGCUAGUUCCUUUACAAUAAAUCAGGCACAAAUGACACCAAAUCCAGCCGAAACAUACGUACCGUUAUCAACGCUCGCUACCUGGUUCCAAAACUUCCAAAGAAGACUUGAACAAAAUCCAAAUUUCUGGAAGUGA